AUGGAGGUUGCUUUGCCUGGAUGGAGCUCUCUAACGAACUAUGAGCAUCACAGAUUGGGGCAUAUCUGGUUCUGUUGGUCUAAUAAGGUGGUGGUCACUAAGCUGCACAUGAGCUCUCAGGUCAUCACAUGUGCGAUCCAAAUUCCAGAAACCAGGGACAAAUUUAUUUGUUCUGCAGUUUAUGCAUCUAAUUGCAUGACUGAGAGAAGGCAGCUUUGGGAGGAACUUAAAGGUACCAGAGCAGAUUAUGCUCGCCUUGAUUUGCCUUGGAUCGUUCUUGGUGAUUUCAACGCCACUCUCGCUUCAAUGAAACAUUCUCGUGCAAUGGAUUACCUAACGGAUCAGACUGGUACGAGGGAGUUUCAAUAUGCUGUAGCAGAUUGUGAGCUUGCCGAUCUCGCCUAUGUUGGAGCUAUUUUCACCUGGUGGAACAAAAGAGAGGGUAACCCAAUUGGAAAGAAGCUACAUAGAGCCUUAAUAAAUGAUGUGUGGCUUCGGUUCUAUCCCCAAUCCUAUGCAAAGUUUGAUGCAGGAGGUGUAUCUGAUCACGCACGAUGUCUAGUACAUAUUUCCGAUAAAAGAGAUGAAACGAGGAAACCUUUAAAGUUUUUUAACUACCUCAAGGACCAUGAGGAUUUUCUCCCUACAGUGAAGAAUUUCUGGGAUACAUCUCCCUUAUUGUAUCACUCCCGCUGUUCCUUAUCUAUGUUCCAUCGAAAGCUGAAGCUGCUAAAGAAUGAUCUUCGUGCCCUGAACAGAAAUCAUUAUGGGGACUUGCCAAACAGAACUAAGCAGGCGUACGAGCAUCUUUGUUAUUGUCAGAACCAGGUUCUGAUGGAUCCAACCCCUAUCAAUCUGGCUACUGAGGCUGAAGCUUCAAAGCGAUGGAACUUACUUGCUAUUUCCACUGCCACUGGAUUGGUGGCACCUGUUAGUGGGGAAGAGAUCAAAUCUGCUCUACAUGCCCUUCCUAACGAUAAGGUUUCGGGUCCGGAUGGGUUUACUAAAGAAUUUUAUGUUGCUGCUUGGCCAGUCAUUGGGAAGGACUUUAUCACGACAGUGCAAUCUUUUUUCCUGUUUGGCUUCUUACCUACUGGUAUAAAUGCCACAAUUCUCACGCUUAUACCGAAAUCUGAAGCAGCUCAGUCUAUGAAGGAUUAUCGUCCUAUCGCUUUCUGUAAUCUCCUCUACAAGGUAAUGUCCAAUAUCCUAGCUCGAAGGCUCAAAGAAAUUCUUCCCGAAGCUAUUGAGCCGAACCAGAGUGCCUUCAUCAAGGGCCGCCUCCUCCUUGAGAAUGUGCUGCUUGCUUCUGAAUUGGUGAACAGUUACCACAAGACGACUUCCUCCUCUAGAUGUGCUAUCAAGUUUGACAUCGCGAAGGCUUUCGAUACUGUCAAGUGGUCUUUCAUUACUUCAGUUCUUAAAGCCAUGAACCUGCCAGAUCAGUUCAUCAUGUGGAUAAAACUUGUAUAUCUACAGCAUCCUUCUCAGUGGCAGUGA